AUGACCACGGCAUCGACGAACAAGAUGGCUCCUUCGCGGGAGCUCUACGACCUGUUGGUCUUGACGGACGCCACUGCGUCGAUGAACAGCUAUCUCCGGGCUCUCAAUCAGUCACUUCCAGAGAUACUCCGCAUCUCCGCCUUGACCGACUGCUUCUCUCGCAUAGGCGUCAUGGCCUACCGCGACUAUUCAACCGAUCGAGUCACGGAGUGGUCUGGCUGGUACAGGAACGGAAAUGACUCCGACAGCAUCACCCAGUCCCAGCUACUGUCAAUGGCCAAGAAUAUUCGCACCGCCUCAGGAUAUAACAACGUCGAUUGGCCCGAGGCUGCGAAGACCGGCCUGGCCCGAGCCUACAGCGUCAUGCGACCAGAGGCAACCACAAUCGUCGUUCUCUAUGCCGAUGCCCCUCCCCAUACUCCUGGCACCAGCACCAAGAACAGGGAGACCGAGAUCAAGAACCUUUCCACUCCAGGGUCUUUCAAUGGCGUCGGACACUUGUUCACCGAUUGGAUCUCCGGAGCCAAGGCUCUUCAAGGGGAGAGAAAGGCCAAGGUCUUCUCUGUCAUCCAAGGCUCUGUCGCGGACACGAUCUCCCCCUUUUUGUAUCUUUCACACAUGACUGGAGGCGUUUGCUUCAAGCUCGAGGUCGGCGACGCCAGCAUCGCAACAUCUGACGCCAUAUCUCAGCUGACAGCCGGAAUUCUACUCACUUGGAUGGGUGCCGGAAAGCAAAGCGCAACAUCUGGUCAGCGUCGAUUCGGUCGAGUAUUGCAGUAUCAGGAUAUCUCGAAGAUACAGGAUGCCGCCAACGAAGAGGACGAGAAUGCCGCUACCUACUUUCCUCUAGAGAACACAACAGAAGCAGACCGACUUGUGAAGCAGAACAUUACCUUCAUCGAUCCAACCCUCGAUCAACUACAUACGGUAAUCGAAUCACGGACGUCUCCGAUCACCGAUUUCUCAAAGAGAUAUCUUGUCGACAAAGAUUACCGCGAGUUUGUGGUCGAUCAACUCCAGUCCCUCGUCGAGGCCGACGUUGCUGCAAUUGCCGUUAACCCUGUAUUUGGAAGUCUAUGGAGGACAGUAUGCAACGACCGGGAGAACCCAAACAGGGACGGUCUUAUUCAGGCGUUUGGAUCAGCCGUCGAUCGUAUCCCUGAGUCAGAGAAAAAGAGCCGCAUGAAGGUCUGGCUGGAAGAGUCGUACGACUACGCCGCUGAGAUUCUUGACAUUUUUGACAAGGUUUCUGUAGAGGAGAAAUACCCCUGUGUCUUCUUGGAUCCAACUGAAAUCUUCGGAAAGGACGACGGAGGCGAGCAAACGGACAACCGCGCUGCGACGGAGUUCACCCGAGACGAGCUCCUCGAGAUCGGUCGAUCAUGCGACUAUCGUAUUCUUCGCAGACUUGGUCGAGUAUUGACCCGACUAACCUACGUCAAGUCUGAGAGCGAAUUGCCAGCCCACAUCAAAAGUGUUUCGGAGGUACAGCAAAUACCUAUGGCACUUGCAUCCGACAAGUACAACCGGAAGUUCUGGAAGAUUUUGCUUCACUUGAUUCUUCCGGGGACCAUGUUGGCUGCCCGUCCAGGAGCACUGCUCGCCGCUUUGUCACUACGCAUGGGAAUGCAGCCUCUGAGGGAGGCUGCUGACGAAGAGCUUCUCUUCUUCUGCAAGAAGUGGAACAACUUGGAUAUCCCUGAGACAUGGAACACGAGCUGUCUGUCGCUACUACUAGACGCUGACAAGGACUACGAGGAGCGAGUUGCCAAUGGUAUUACUCAACGCCCCCCUGGUGCUUGCAUUCUACUAGACGAGGACCGCCGCCUGUUCUCGACUAUUGUUGACUACAAGUUGCUUGACCUCAACCUCAACACAACGCUCCACGCCAAGAUCGGCUGGCGCCCAGAUAAGUCCAAGGUCGCUCUCGGGCCUGUAACCAUUUGCAGGGCGUGCAAAUUCCCCCGGUCGGUCACCAUCAUGGGUUCCGGCGGUGUUUGUGGCCUCUGCCCCCCAAGACAUCAGUGCAAAUGCAAUAUGUGCAAGGCGGCACCUGAUUCGAAUAUUCGACGGAGGAUGAACGUGUCCAACGGCGACAACGAAAAGACAGAGGGCACCUGGGUCGAAUGCUUCACACCGACUUGCCGUGCUCAGUACGUCGUAUACAACCCCGAUGCUCUGAAUGUACGCCCAAAGUGCUACUACUGCCGACACAAGGGCUCGACGGACGCGAAGAGCCCGACUGAUGCACCUUGGGUGGAGUGCUCUCAGUGCUUCAAUCGCAUCAUCUGGCCCAAGAUGUAUCGGCCAGCUGGUUUUGAUGCGUCUGGCUUCAAAUGUCCCGGCUGCGACACCAACAAGGUGACUCUUGUUGACCAUGAGACCUCGGCGAAGAGUCUAAGUGGCGAGAACGGAACGUCGUGGCUUCUGCGCAACGAGAAGACCACUAUUAAAGAUCCGUUCAACGGCCGAUCCCUCUUCCACACAAUAUCUUCAGUCUCAGAGCCCAUUUCCUCGGUGCCUCUGAACGUCGAAAUUCUCCCAACGCAGGAAUCUGCUGCUCUCACCAUCAGAGGAAAGAUUGUGCAUAAUCAGACAGAGAUUAUCGGCUCACUCCGCGACUGGGUGGCUUCCCGAAGAGCAGAGGCAGGGGUUUGCAGUCUGUGUUUCUCCAAUAUCCGAAAGGCCGAUCUUCGUCGCGCAUGUGGUCGAUCAGGAUGCCAGCAGAACGUCUGCAGCGGCUGUCUCAAAGACUGGUAUGGCAUGAACGGACGUGGCAAGCUCAUCAAUAUCGCCGCCCUUUCUUGCCCGUUCUGUCGUCGUCAGCCGACCCCCAAGACGAUUUCUGCAUUCGGCCUGCCUCAAUUGGGAGACUUGGCUACUGCUGUAGCAGAGUCCGGUUCCUGGAUUUAUGCUUGGUGUAAUGGCUGCGGUUUUGCUCGCCGCUACAUUGAACGCGUGUGUGCCGCAGGCGCCCCUGCCGAGGUUUCGGGCUGGGACUGCGACGAUUGCAAGGCGAGGACAACAGAAAAGACACUCCUGCGAGUCCGGAGGUGCCCAGGAUGCGACACUCCAACAGAGAAAAUGGGCGGUUGCGAUCACAUCACCUGCAGUGUGCCGGGCUGCGGGGCGCAUUGGUGCUUCUUUUGCGGCGAAAAUGUGGGAUUGGACGAGAUAUAUAACCACAUGCAAACUCAUGGUGGAUGGUACGGAGGACGAAACGAGUGCGACGACUGCGACGAUGAUUAG